AUGGUUUCAAAGACCACAAAUCCACCGGAGGGCUUUUACUUGGAUCCGACGGUCAUGGCCUUGCCGAACCUGGGCUCGUUUUCUUCACCCGCGGCCGGCAAUACGACGUCGCAGGUAGAGGACCCCAGCAAGAAGGUUCGGAAACCGUACACCAUCACCAAGUCGCGCGAGAGCUGGACCGAGCCGGAGCACGACAAGUUCCUCGAAGCACUGCAGCUCUUUGAUCGUGAUUGGAAGAAGAUUGAAGCAUUUGUUGGUUCAAAGACUGUCAUCCAGAUACGUAGCCAUGCACAAAAGUAUUUUCUUAAAGCACAAAAGAGUGGAACCAGUGAGCAUCUACCUCCACCUCGCCCCAAAAGGAAAGCUGCUCAUCCUUACCCACAGAAAGCUUCUAAAAGUGUCCCUGUUGUAACACAAGAUUUAUCUCAAUUCCAAGCAUCCCCUGCUCUUCCUGAUGCUGGACUUCUAAUGAGACCUGACCAUUCAGCUCAACUCAAGAAUCCCGAUGCUGCAUCUACUGAUUCUGUACCUGCCUGGAUAGAUAAACCUGUGUAUAGUACCUUUUCACAUGUGACUGGAGGUGAUGCCAGAUGUGCUGCACAGUCUCUGCCUAAUAUUUACCCUUCAGGUGGCAAUGAAAGCAUGACGAGGUUGAGGCCCACAGUUCUUCCUGAUUUCGCUCAAGUAUACAGUUUCAUAGGCAGUGUUUUUGAUCCAAAUGAGACAAGACAUUUGCAGAAACUAAAGCUGAUGGACCCAAUAGAUAUUGAAACGGUGUUAUUGCUGAUGAGAAAUCUUUCAAUCAAUCUGGCCAGUCCUGAUUUUGAGGUUCAUCGAAGGCUACUUUCGUCGUAUGAGAUUGAACCCGAGAAUGACAAGGCUCUUGAUAUCAUUCCAGAGAAGAACAGGAGAGAGAUCUCCAAAUACCUCUUUCAAGAGGGCGUGUGCUAUGCGAAGAAGGAUUACAACCUGCCCAAGCACCCGGAAAUCGACGUGCCUAACCUCCAGGUGAUCAAGCUCAUGCAGAGCUUCAAAUCGAAGGAGUAUGUGCGUGAGACCUUCGCGUGGAUGCACUAUUACUGGUAUCUGACUAAUGACGGCAUCGAGUUCCUCCGCACGUAUCUCAACUUGCCGUCUGAAAUUGUCCCGGCCACUCUGAAGAAGUCCGCCAAACCCCUCGGCCGGGCCAUGGGCGGCCCACCUGGCGACCGCCCUCGUGGACCUCCAAGGUUCGAUGGUGACAGGCCACGAUUUGGCGAUCGGGAAGGUUACCGUGGAGGGCCGAGAGGACCUCCCGGUGAAUUUGGUGGUGACAAAGGUGGUGCUGGUGCACCUGCUGAUUACCAACCGGCUUUCAGGGGCUCUGGACGAGGUGGUUUUGGCCGUGGUUCUGGCAGCUUUGGUGGAGCACCUCCAAGUUAA